AUGAAAAUAUGCGAGAGCGAGCUGCCCAUCAUCCCGAUCGAGGACGCCAAGCACUACUCUUGCAGCGAGGAUAACGACACCAUCAACCUGGAGAACAAUUCGAAUGACCUGAACAGCUACCAGAAAUUCCUGAUCGGCAGUUCGCCUCACGACGGAGCGGACAAGUACAGAGAUAAGCAAAUGCACUCGUUGGUAAAGAAGGAGAAGGGCGCGGAGAACUUUUGCAGCACUAGGGAAAGCAACGGAGGCAGGCACGGAGACAGCCACGCGGGCAGCCAUCGAGGCAGCCAUGCGGGAAGUCACCUCUACAGCAACCGGGGGCACAUGCGUGCUACGCCCCGCAGAAACAAUGAGAAGGGCCUAAAUUUGAUCAAAAGGAGGAAGGGGGGGAUGGGGAAAGACCCGUAUGGAAAUACACAUUUGGUAUUGGGCAACAUACGAAGUGGUAGAAAGUUAAAAAGAAAGCUUCUCUGGAAUAGUUACUACGGAGAUCAGAACACAAACGUGUCUGAAUUAUCGUACAUAAAAGAAUUUGAAAAUAACUCCUUUAUGCACGACAAUAAUCACCAAAUGGUAGUGUAUGAGAAGAAGUACCCAGAUUAUAGUGCACUAAUUCAGAGAGAAACCUCAAGUCAAAAAAUUAAGAACUUUUUUGUUUACUCUCCAGACAUAAUCCAAAGAUGGAUAAGAGUCAUAUUUAAUAUCAUCAUAACAUCCCUAAUAGUGACAUUGAUUUAUUUUACAUUCGUAUCCGUUAGAGAAGACAUAAACAAGAAAGUUGCCAUUCAGAUGCAAAACGUGAAGGAAGAAUCGGACUCGUGUAAGAAGCAAUACUAUGCUCAUAAAUGUGGUACAGUAAAUUUACCUAUCCUAAAUGAUAAAUGUGAAGAAUGGCUCAGAUGUAUGAAAACUGAUCACAAGUUAUAUCAAGAUUUUUCUUUCUUGUCUGCACAAAUGUUGGGUCAGCUUAUUAAUGCAUUUAUUGUUCAGUUUGAAUGGAAAAGUAUCUGUGUAAUUGCUUUUAUUUUCCUUCUAAUUUUUAUUGGUAGUAAUUAUGCCUUAUCCAUUGGUGGAGGGGGGGCUAGAGGAAAUGGCAAUGAGUAUAAUGUGUACAGCUCACAUAUGACUCCUCCUGUGCACCCUCCUAAUGGGAACAUCCCUCCUUUCCCUUACUACCACUUUUAUCCUUUCAUGCCACAAGGUGUGAAUUAUGGCGGAUCAGGUAACCAUCCUGAUGUCCCACUGAUGAAUACUCCUUUCUCACAUAAUAAAUACUACUCAAGUGGAAGUCUCGGCAGACCCGGGGGGGGAUACCCCCCUACAAAUUAUAGCUACCUGAAUCAGUACACAAACAACAGCGAGAACAAUGCCUCCACGCAGUCAAAUUGCAGGAACAAAGACGACUACUCCGAGGUAUAUAAUGGUGCCUCCAAGAAGGAUGCCAAGCGAGGCUCCAAGAAAUUGGGCUUCCUCAAGUACCUCACCCCGGAUUUUAAGUAA